AUGGCGGACCAACAAGACGUCGAUCUCGACUCCAUCAUCGACAGACUGCUCGAGGUCCGUGGCAGCAGACCCGGCAAGCAGGUCCAACUUCUCGAGACCGAGAUCCGCUACCUCUGCACCAGAGCUCGCGAGAUUUUCAUUUCCCAGCCCAUCCUCCUCGAACUUGAGGCUCCUAUCAAGAUUUGCGGUGACAUUCACGGCCAAUACUACGACCUUCUGCGUCUUUUCGAAUACGGCGGUUUCCCUCCUGAGGCCAACUACCUCUUCCUUGGUGACUACGUCGACCGCGGCAAGCAGUCGCUCGAGACCAUCUGCCUGCUUCUUGCCUACAAGAUCAAGUACCCCGAGAACUUCUUCAUCCUCCGCGGUAACCACGAGUGCGCCUCGAUCAACCGCAUCUACGGUUUCUACGAUGAGUGCAAGAGAAGAUACAACAUCAAGCUGUGGAAGACAUUCACCGACUGCUUCAACUGCCUGCCCAUCGCCGCCAUCAUUGACGAGAAGAUCUUCACCAUGCACGGUGGUUUGAGUCCUGACCUCAACUCAAUGGAGCAGAUCAGACGUGUCAUGCGCCCUACUGAUAUUCCCGAUUGCGGUCUCCUUUGCGAUCUUCUGUGGUCCGACCCCGACAAGGAUAUCACCGGAUGGAGCGAGAACGACCGUGGUGUAUCUUUCACCUUUGGUCCCGAUGUCGUAUCGCGUUUCCUGCAAAAGCAUGACAUGGACCUCAUCUGCCGUGCUCACCAAGUCGUCGAAGAUGGUUACGAGUUCUUCUCAAAACGCCAGCUCGUCACCUUGUUCAGUGCCCCCAACUACUGUGGAGAGUUCGAUAACGCUGGUGCCAUGAUGAGUGUUGACGAGAGCUUGCUGUGCUCGUUCCAGAUUCUCAAGCCAGCAGAGAAGAAGCAGAACAGGUUCGGUCGCAGAUAG